GAGGAAAGCAAUUCCUAAUUCCGAUAAUGGCACACUCUGGUACGACAGGUGGGUGUUGAGUGGGUGUUGAGAUCUGAUAGCACAUAUGAUGCAGUUGGCACAGCCAUCGACGAACCUAUACAAAGUGCGCCCUUGCUAGUCGCGACCAUGUUAUCCACCGCAACGACCUUGAUCUGCGAGGACCCCAAGGUUCAGACCAAUCUCAGCAAACACGAUGUAGGCUGGCGCAGAGUGGUUCGCCAGUUCACUCCUUCAUGGUUCUCAGUCACCAUGGGCACAGGCAUAGUAGCUGAGUUGCUCAACACGCUUCCAUAUAAUGGCCGAUGGCUUUACUGGAUAUCCGUGGUCUGUUUUGCUCUCAACAUCCUCCUCUUCGUCACGGGCUGUGUCAUCACCUGUUUUCGGUAUGUCCUCUAUCCAGAGGUCUUUUUCACCAUGAUCAAAGACCCCGUCCAAUCCAUGUUCAUCGGCACGUUUCCCAUGGGACUCGCGACUAUCGUCAACAUGGUUUGCCUCGUCUGCGUUCCAGCCUGGGGUGACUGGGCGCGGCAUGCCGCCUGGGGUUUGUGGAUCUUCGACGCUAUCUUCUCUUUUAUAACAGCCCUAUCCUUACCAUUCCUACUGAUGCUGCAUGAGAGCGAAACCCAACUCUCCUCCAUGACCGCAGUAUGGCUCCUCCCCAUCGUCAGUUGCAGUGUCGCGGCUUCAAGUGGCGCCGUCGUGGCUGGCGUGCUUCUCAAUUCACAACAUGCCCUCUGGACCGUGCUCGUGAGCUACGUGCUGUGGGGGGUCGGGCUACCGCUAGGCCUCAUGGUCAUGGUGAUCUAUCUCCAACGCCUGACACUCCACAAAUUACCUCCCAAAGCCGUGAUCGUGAGCGUCUUCCUCCCCUUAGGGCCAUUAGGUCAAGGCAGCUUAGGGGCCAUGAAGCUAGGUACAGUCGCGCAGGAAAUCUUCCCCGAAAUGCACAUGCUGGAAGCCGCCGGGUCCGGACCCAUUCUGUACAUCAUGGGGUUCAUGGUCGCCCUGGUUCUCUGGUCGUUCGGGCUGGUGUGGCUCUUCUUCGCCUCCGCGUCCAUUGCGCGGAGCAAGAGCUUUCCCUUUAAUAUCGGCUGGUGGGGGUUCACCUUUCCUCUGGGAGGGUACGCGAUGAGUACGUGCCAGAUGGGCAAGGAGUUGCCGUCGGAGUUUUUCAGUAUCGUGGGGACGAUCCUCUCGCUCUGUGUGGUCGUUUUAUGGGGGGUGGUGAGUGUAGGGACAUUGCGGGGCGUCGUCUCUGGACAGUUGUUCCUCGCGCUGUGUCUGGUGGAUUUGAAGGGCAAAGAGGAUGAACUCAAGGAUGCUACAAAGGCGGCUUGACUGAUAGUUUCAUGAUAGAAGGGGCGAAAGGGGCACUUCCGUCAUAUGUAAUUAUUGUACUAAUAGUAUACAGCGCAUUGAAUGGGUUCUGGAGAUGUAAGGGAACAACGUCAGGAGAGUCGAGAAAUCGAUGAGCCAAAAAAAAAUAAAUAAAAAAAAGUCGACAAA